AUGGCACCAGCUACGUUAUUGGCUAACUUGACAGAGCAACAAACCAUAUUUCAACAGAGCUUGAAUCUACAACCAUGCACUGCGGCUACGUUAGUGGCUAAUUUCACAGAGCAACAAUCCAUAUUUCACCAGAGCUUGGAUCCCUGCACUAUGGCUGCAACGUUAGGGGCUCUUACAGCCAUUCCCUUACUCGGUCUCGUAAGACACGCUGAGCGCAAAGAAUACAGAAAACAAAAACCAACGUCUACCGUGAAGAUGACUUGCAAAUCGCAAGUACCUGCGAAGCUGAGACUCCAGAGCUCCUCAGGGCUAACUGCUUCCAGUGCAUUGGAUCGAUUCCCGAGCUUCACAGGGCAAAGGGAUUCCAAUGCAUUGGAUCGUCUAAAUGUAUUUCAUAGUCAAGAUGAUUUAUUUUCUGAGGUUAACCUUUCAGUGUCAUCCCAGAAAGGAAGAGGAAGAGGUAGCAGUUGUGUAACAUAUGCCAUGGCUGAGAAGUUUACGGACCAAGCAAUCGAGGCCAUAAUUCUGUCUCGAGAGGAAGCUCCGAGACUUGGCCAUAACUUUGUUGGGACUGAGCAAAUACUGUUGGGUCUAAUUGAGGAAGGGACUGGAAUCGCUGCAAAGGUUCUUAAAUCCAUGGGAAUCAAUCUUAAAGAUGCUCGUGUAGAGGUGGAAAAGAUCAUUGGAAGAGGUAGUGGAUCCACGGAUAUCCCAUUUACUCCUCGUGCGAAGCGAGUCCUGGAGUUUUCACUAGAGGAAGCUCGACAACUCGGGCAUUACUAUAUCGGGACAGAGCAUCUUCUGCUCGGUAUUCUUCGUGAAGGGGAAGGUGUUGCAGCUCGUGUCCUCAAGAGUUUGGGUUUAGAUCUUAAUGACGUACGGACGCAGGUUAUACUUAUGAUCGGGGGAAACCAUGAAGUCACAUCAAAAGAUGGUGGAGGAACCAUCAAAACGCCAACACUAGAUGAGUUUGGGACUAACUUAACUAAACUAGCAGAGGAGGGUAAACUGUAUCCGGUUGUUGGAAGGGAACCACAGAUCGAACGAGUGGUCCAGAUAUUGUCUCGAGAAACUACGAACAACCCAUGUCUAAUUGGAGAACCCGGAGUUGGUAAGACAGCAAUAGCUGAAGGACUCGCACAGCUAAUUGCCAGUGUUAAUGUUCCUAUAACACUUAAGGGAAAGACGGUUAUAAGCCUUAAUGUGGGUCGUCUGCUGGCUGGAACAAAGUAUCGUGGAGAAUUCGAGGAAAGAUUGAAUAAUCUUAUAGAGGAAGUCAGGCAAAGGGGUGACAUAAUUCUGUUUAUUGAUGAAUUGCACACUCUGAUUGGCGCAGGAGCCGCUGAAGGUGCCAUUGAUGCUGCUAACAUCUUAAAGCCAGCUCUUGCCAGAGGUGAAUUGCAGUGUAUUGGAGCAACAACAUUCCAUGAGUACAAGAAGCACAUGGAGAAAGAUCCUGCAUUUGAGAGACGGUUCCAGACUGUGAAGGUACCUGAACCAACUGUAGAGGAAGCUGUACAGAUCUUACACCGUCUGCGUGAGAGAUUUGAGAUCAAACACCAUGUCCGAUACACCGACGAGGCCUUGCUUGCUGCUGCGGAAUUGUCUCAUCAGUACAUCAGUGAUCGGUUUCUUCCCGCCAAAGCGAUUGCCUUGAUUGAUGAUGCUGGGGUUGGGGUUCGGCUACGUGAUCAUGCUCAGGGCAAAGAAGUGAGCAAAGCCCAAACUGAAGGAGGUAUUGUGACUGUGUCCGACAUCGAACACGUAGUCUCUACCGAGACGGGGAUACCGGUAGGGCAAGUCUCGUCUGAUGAAUCUAGCCGUCUUCUCAAUAUGGAGGAGAUCCUUCACAAAAGAGUCAUCGGUCAAGACGAAGUCGUCAAAGCCGUUAGCCGGGCCAGCCGCCGUGCACGUGUUAGAAUCAAGAAGCGUAACCGCCCGAUCGCAAGUUUCAUCUUCGCUGGUCCAACCGGUGUGGGGAAAACAGAGCUUGCCAAAGCCUUGGCUGCUACCUAUUUCGGAUCAGAAGCAAUGAUCCGUCUCGACAUGAGUGAGUUCAUGGAAAGGCACGCGGUAUCCAAGCUCAUUGGUUCACCUCCUGGUUACGUGGGAUACACGGAAGGAGGUCAGUUAACUGAGGCGGUUCGACGCAGGCCCCACUCACUAGUCUUGUUCGACGAAAUCGAGAAAGCACAUCCGGAUGUUUUCAACAUGAUGCUUCAGAUCCUAGCAGAUGGGAGACUAACCGACAGCCAAGGGAGAACGGUCGAUUUCAAGAACACGCUUAUCAUCAUGACUUCUAACGUAGGAAGCAGCGUGAUAAUAAACGGCGGAAAAUCUAAUCUCGAGUACGAAGAGGAAGACAGCAGAUACAAGAGAAUCAAGAGCUUAGUGACUGAGGAAAUGAAACAGUAUUUCAGACCGGAGUUCUUGAACAGAUUAAAUGAGGAGGAAGGGAUUGAACUUCAAGUGACUGAGAGGUUUAUAGAGAGAGUAGUGGAUGAAGGAUUCGACCCGAGUUAUGGUGCCAGGCCGCUAAGCCGAGCGAUUGAAAGGCUUUUGGAAGAUACCAUGACGGAGAAGAUUCUUUCAAAUGAGAUUACAAAGGGAGAUUCUGUGAUUGUUGAUGUUGAUGCACAAGGAAGCGUGCUUGUGUUGAAUGGUAACAACAACGCAUGCAAGACGUGA